AUGUCGGCUGCCCGCAAAUCUUCCAGGCUGCCCGCAACUGUCGACCCUGCCCGCAAAUGCCGGUGCUGGCCGCAAAUGUCGGCUGCCCGCAAAGUGGCUGCCCGCAAAAAAUUUGCCCGCAAACUGGUUGCCCGCAAAGUGGUUGCCCGCAAGUGUGCGCCCGCCGCUUUUCACUUCAGCGACGUGACCAGCAAAGCAAAUGUGAGCUAA